CCCCAAUCGCCUAUCCCCCCGAUACGCCGGUGCGCGCUUCCGUCCCCUCCUUCGCUCCCUCUGUCGUCGUUGUCGUGCGGCCCGGGUCCUUUCCACCCCUCUCCGCCCUGGUUCCCCGUUUGUCGUCGUCCGACCCUACCCAAUUCUCCAAUUCACUCUGCGCGCCUCGCUCCACCCGCCAACACUGUCGCGUUCAUCAACACUCUCACUUCCCACCGGGCUUGCCUCAAAUUUUCUUCCUUUAUACAGUCUUCCUUUUCUACUCCAUCCUCGCCCGACGACUUUCCGCAUGUUGACUAGCUAGGGAACUCACUCAAGACCCUAAUCUACGCCUUCUUCUCCUCCUUCCUGUGCUCGUCGGCGUUCGAGCACCCCCCAAGAAACCUCUCUUCAUGGCACCGCCGCGACCGCUCAGACAGAACUCCGGUUUCACAGUGUCCGAGCCUGCAUCCAUGGCCAUCCCUGCACAUACCGCGAAUGGCACCGCCCAUGCGCCCUCCGAUCCUCGUCAACUCUCACCCGCAGACCUCAAGCCCGUGUCGGUAAACCGCAAAAAGCAGAAACGCCGCCAGAAACAGGCAGCCCGCUUGGCAGCGGAGCGUCAGCUCGGAACCGGACACGGCCCCGAGCAGAACGGAUCCACCAGCCACAUCGACCAGGACGGCCAUGCGUCUGAAGAACAGGAGAAUGAGGACCCCGCUCCGAACGGCGACGCCUACCAUGAGGACGACGAGCACUCCCAACACGACCUGACGCAGUCGCAUAGUCUCGGCAACUCUUCAAAUGGACAAGAUGAUGGCCAGCAGCCUGCAACGACAACAGCGACUGCCGCUGCCGCCGCCCGGAAGUCGAAAAAGAAGAAAGGCAAAAAGGGCCGCGCCGGCUCGCAAACACAGGGCGACGAAAGUUCCACCCCACUGUCCACUCCAUCCAUCUCCAUGUCGCACCCUCUUCCCCCGCCGUUACCCCCGCACCUCGGAUCGCACACGAUUCUAAAAUCGACUAAGGACCGAAGUAUAUGGAACACUACCACGCAGGAAGAACGAGAGAAUAUCAAGACGUUCUGGCUGGAGUUGGGCGAGGAGGAACGGCGACAGUUGGUCAAGGUGGAAAAGGACGCGGUACUGAAGAAGAUGAAGGAGCAGCAAAAACAUUCGUGCAGCUGCACCGUGUGCGGGAGGAAACGGACAGCCAUCGAAGAGGAGUUGGAAGUUCUCUACGAUGCUUAUUACGAAGAGCUGGAACAGUACGCCAAUAACAAUCAGGGUUCCUUUGAGAAAGGCCCGCCAAUGAUCCCGCCUCCUCGACUAUACCAUCCUCCCCUACGGUCGCCCGGUCAACAUACGCGGACACAAGGCCAAUACCAUCCUUCUCGAGGUCGGAUACAUGAGUUACCGGAGGAUGAUGAUGAAGACGAAGAAGAAGAAGAAGAAGAAGAUCUAGAGGAGUAUGACGAGGAUGACGAGGACGAGGAACCGUACAGCGACGAUGAGUACGAAGAUGAAGAAACCCGUGCGGCUCGUGCAGACUUCUUCGCUUUCGGGAAUAGUCUGACUGUCAAAGAUGGAAUCCUUACGGUCGCAGAUGAUCUGCUCAAGAACGAUGGGAAACAUUUCAUUGACAUGAUGGAACAAUUGGCCGAGCGUCGGAUGCAGCGCGAAGAGGACACACAGUAUGGCAUCGCGGCAGCACAUCAAACCCUCCAUAGCGGUCACAACCACGGGCCCCUGGAUGAUGAAGACUAUGACGAUGAAGAGGACGAAGAUUACGAUAGUCAAGACGAGGAAGAUUACGAGGAAGAUGAAAUGGAUGCGAUGACGGAAGAGCAACGCAUGGAGGAGGGCCGGCGAAUGUUCCAAAUAUUUGCCGCGCGCAUGUUCGAACAGCGCGUGCUGACGGCAUACCGAGAGAAGGUUGCCGAGCAACGUCAGCAGAAACUGAUCGAAGAGCUUAUGGAGGAGGAAACGCGGAAUGAGCAACGGAAUGCCAAGAAGGCCCGCGAGGCGGAGAAGCGCAAGGAGAGAAAGAGGCUCCAGAAGCAGGCCAAGGAGGAGGAGAAGGCACGCAAAGAGGCGGAGAAGGCUGCGGAGGAAGCGGCUGCCAAGGCGGAGCAGGAGAAGAAGCUCGAGGAGCAGCGCAAGAAACGCGAGGAGCAACGAAAGAAGCGCGAGGCGGAGCGGAAGGCCCAGGAAGCGGAACGUGCUCGCAAGGAGGCAGAGAAGCAACGACGACUGCGCGAGGAACGGGAACGGCAAGCCGAGGCGGAACGAAAGCAGCGAGAGCAGCGGGAGCAGGAGAAGAAGCGGCGCGAGGAGGCACGGCAAAAGGAACGCGAGGAGCGCGAAUUGCGGGAGAAGUUGGUCAAGGAGGAACGAGAGCGCAAAAUUCGAGAGGAGCAUGCUCGGAACGCUGCAGCCAGCGAUGCUCAGCACGCCAAACGCAUCUCGCAUCCCACGCUGAUGCCUCUCUCCGCCACCGUGUACCAUUCGCAGGCUAUGGCUCAGGGGCAAUUCCAGUCACCGCACUUCUCAACGACCACCCCGGUGGUUCCAAAGGCUCCUACUCCGUCCAGGCCACGGCAGACGUCCCAGCAGGGCUCCCAUGGCUCAUCGCCGCGGUCGCAACCGGCCAGUACCGAACCCUCACAGGUCUCCAUCUCCCCGCGUUCGAUGGCGCCCUCCCAGUCGUCUGGAGCGUCGAGCGUUACAUCCAAACAGGGCCACGCGCAGCAACCGUUGCUUCAUCAUCCUCAACCGUCAACACCCCUGUCUCCCCUGGGAUCUUUAGGCCGAUCCCACCCGCCCGGGUUCUCGCCGUCAAAUCCUCCUGGCUUGGGUCUGGCUUCUCGACCACCCAUCGGCCAUGAGCUGCCUACCUAUCCGCCACAUUCGGGACCGCUUCUCAAUCAGCUGCGAGGGUUCCCUGCUUCCAAUGGGAUUCCAAUUCCUCUUGGUAUGAACGGCACGCGCGCGAUGCCCCCUGGACGAGGGUUUCCGCUUGAUGCCGGCCACGGAUUGCCAUUCCAUAGCCAGCAGCCCACCAUGGCCAGUCCUUCCAGCUCGUUUGAACGAUCUCCUCUUGAUGCACAUGCCCAGCCGUCUCCCAUUACCCGCCCCAGCCCUAUCAAACGCCCUUCCAGCACGCAACAAGACCCGAACAAUGCCCGCCGCAGUCAGCGCGAGGUAGACGAUCUAAGUGCCCAGCUCGGUAGCAGUGCGCUCCUGGAUGACACGGAUAUUCCGUUCACAUCACACUUGUCCCAGUCUCUCCCAGGCGCCACUCUUCCGGGUUCCUUGCCUGGGCCGACCCGAGCCAGCUUUGCGGCCCCGUCCUUGUUCCCAGAUCCUCUCACUGCCAAGCACGGUGCCUUCCCUGUCAGCCCUAGUCUCGGGAGCACGUGGGGUGCACAAAUACCGUUUGGCACUUCGCCCUUCCCUGGGGGCCCGACAUGGGGAACUGGACCUGGGAGCGGCUGGUCUACCAAUGCGUUUGGGCCCGGAGUACAUCAUCGCGCUCACACAUCUCGACCUGUGACGAUCCGACUGUUGGUGAUUCAAGCCUGCAAGCAGCUCAACAUGAUGAGUCCCUCCAAGGGAGCAGAUGGGUACCACGACGUGAAGGUCGUUCUGCGGCAAGUGGAGCAGCUUCGAUCCCCCAGUGAGCCCUCGAUCUCGCUGAAGGAGAUGCUAGACAUCUGCGACACGGAAGGCAACACGCAAAACGGCGGGGGGUCGUUCUCGACCAAGAGCGACGAGACGGGCGACUACGUCAAAUUCGAAUCGGGCACUCCCAUCAAUGCAUCCUCAGGUCAUAGGGGCAGCAUUGUACCUGGCGAGAUUGGCAGUCCGAUCCCCAGUCACAGUCUCCCGGCGUUUAGCGGGGCCACGCCUUCGGUGCUACGGCAAUACUCUUCCCCUCCGACGGGUUUCUAGGCGUUUUUGUCUAUCUGUUUUUCUUCCUUCUGGUCGG